AUGAUAUCCGACGAUGUCGUCCUGCUGCAGGACGGCAGAUACGAAAUGAAAAUUCAAGUGGAUCGAAGACGACUGGAAGCCAUGAUCACGGGAAUAUUUUAUGUGCAGGUGAAAUCUUAUUCUGGUGCUGAAGUAUGUUGGCCGUCGCAACUGAAAAUUGGUGCAAAAACCAAAAAAGAUCCAUUUGUGAAAGUAAUUGGAACUCUGAAUGAAAUCGAGCAAGCAAAAAAGUACAUCAGUUCAGCACUGCAGGUCAAAAAAGAACGAGUAACGCUUAAAAUGGACAUCCAUCACUCCAUUCACUCGCACAUUAUCGGGAAAGCAGGUCGCGGUAUCCAGCAAAUAAUGCGAUCCACCGGUUGCCACAUUCACUUCCCUGAUUCCAACAAGUACACGUAA